AAACUAGCAGUUGAAUUAGGAUUAAAAAAAACAACCACUGACAGGGGAAAUAUUCAGGGAGAUUCAUUCAUCAUUUAGUAAUGUUUGGAAUCCCUCGUCUUAUCUACUAACUCUAGGACUCUGAAUGUCCUGUCAAACUGUACUUAGAUCAGGUCUUAUAGUUAUGGUGGAAUCCAAACUAUAAAAAUCGUGAAACAAUUGUGGAAGAUCAAGUCUAACGGCUAUCGAAGUUUGACUUAGCGUCAUUUCUCUUAUGACUGUUGAUGUUGGGACUUAGAAGAUCUCCACCAUGAGACUGCUCUUAGGAUUCCGUGACACUACAUGUUGGGGGUGAUUAUGGGUGUAUUAGAGUAAGACAGGAGAAGAUAAUUACAGAGGAUGAUGAUGUUGUUGCUGCUUAGCUAGCUAGGCCUUGGAAUAUCAGACCCCUUUGACAUUAUUAAUUACUAAUAAUUUGUUAAUUAGGGAGGAUGCUUCUAUGUGGUUUCCAUGAUUCAUCAUCUCGCGUCACCAAGAAAUGAAAAGAUAAGAAAAUAAUAAUACUAUUCUACCACGUCACAUCCAUCACAAAAAAUAUUUAUCACACAAUAAUAAUAAGAGUAGUAGUUAAUAAAUUUUGGUCCCAUGAUUUGGAUUUUGAAUCUUUUUUUUUAAGUAAUUCUACAAAUAAUGAAGGAAAAAAAAAGAUUCCAAAUUUUCUUUUCGUAAUUUGGUUCUUGGAAUAUGUAUUUCUAUUUUGUACAGCCGGUAGGGAGUCUUAUCUCAAUACCUAUUAAUUGGUAACGAGGAGACAAGAAAAUGCCAGGCUCCAUUUCUCUGUGUUAUGUAAGAUAACAGCAUAAUACUUACUGGGUAUCGUUAGUUUUAAGCAGAACGACGAAAACAAGAAGGCGUGAAGAUCGAGCUAACAAUUGAUUAAGGAGGAUAUGAGUGAAGAGGAUUCUUUUGUUAAGUCACAGGAAUCGUCAUCCUUAGGACAAUAUAUUAAAAUCUGCGGCAGAUAUCUAUAAUUACCUUUACCAUCAUAUGUCACAUAGCCUGAAAACAUAACAAUAACAGCAUCCAUUUUAGACAGUUGUUACCUAAUUACCCAGACACAAAAAGAUUCGCCGGCCUCCUACUUACUCUUAUCCAUAAUAAUAUAUUUUUAAGUAGUGCAAGUGCCUUUGUUAUUCAGGGUUCAGGACUGUUUUUGGUUUUUCCUCUAUAUCUUUCUCUACCUAGCUAGCUAGCGGGUUUUAUUUACUUAUUAGCUGAGGAAGGGAGGAUGGAUAUAUUUACCCUACAUAUACAGAUAAUGCCUGCCUACACAUAGGAGGAGGAGAAUUUAUAUAAUGGAGGAUAAUAACUCAGGAGAAUAAAGGCAGAGAUACAUCUCAAGACUUCUUGUUCUCCGGUAUUCUGCUGUUUUGGGGUGAGUUCUAUAUGGCGCAGAAAACUUUCAGCUGAGACAAGUUUAGAUUGAGUAUCAGCUCCUUGUCGCCAGGGGGGAGAUACUAAUUUGAGCCAUUGGCUCAUUAUCCCAUUAAGGAGGUCAUCAAUAUAUGUGCAGUCUUCUAUACAUAUUAACAAUUUCUAUCAGAAGAAAAGCUUCUUCGUAUUGGCUGCCGCUGGUCCUUUUGAUGUGCAAUGAUCAGUGGAACUUUCCGUAUAAAAUUUAUAGUUCUGUGAUCCCAGUUUCUUAUUGGAGUAAACUAAGGCAUCAAACCUUAGAGGAACCGAUCUUCUUAACCUGCAGAUACAAGUCUUAGAAGAAGCUGUAUAUAGAAGUUGAAGAUAGAUACAAUGAAUUUUGGAACUAACCAAGGUGUAAAUGGCGGUUUCAGUAUUACACGAGAAACAUCAAAGUGUAUUCCUGUGGCAAAUGGACCUAUUCAUCACUGGAAACAUUCAAAUUGGUCUAAUGUUGACAAUUAUGGGAAUUUUAUGGCUCCAAGCAGCAAGGAUCUCAGCCUACUUCCCAAUAGGGUAACUCCUACUUCAUCUAUUUCUAUAUCGCCAAAUUUUGCAGAACCAAUACAAAACAUGUGCCCCCAAUCCUCAACAUUUUGUACCAGCUUACACGUAUCACCAUCGGCAACCUUAAACCCUCAGAUGCAGUUUCUUCAACCUGGUAGCUUAUCGUCAACCGAGUAUAUGAUGCCUCAAACUGCUCAGACCAUGUUACCUGUUCAACUGCAAGGUGAAAAUUUAGUAGCUUAUCAGCGGUACGAGGGCCAGCAGAUUAUGAAUGGUGGACACACUGAAUUGCUUGGAGAUGUUAUUGGAGCUGGCACCUUCGAUUGGGCCACUGGCCGUACCUUUGAUGUUGCCAGGACUGACAACAUUAUAUCUCAACAAAAGGGGUUGCAAUUACAAUCGAAACGCGUUGACUUUAUCAUGAACCAUGACAAUCAGAAUGCUCAGAUGGAUGAAAUUUUUACAGCAACUGAACAUUCCCAAAUCCAUGGUAAUCACAGCCAGGCGAAUAGAAGUUUUACAUUUUCCCUUGAAGAUGAGACAAAUUCUUCCAUCUCUAGCAUUGAUGCUCUCCACAAGCCUCGAAUGCGCUGGACGCAGAAGCUACACGACUGCUUUGUUCAAGCAAUUAAUGAUUUAGGUGGAGCUGAUAAAGCAACUCCAAAAAGUGUACAGAUGAAAAUGGGUGUCGAAGGAUUAACCAUAUACCAUGUGAAAAGCCACUUGCAGAAAUACCGGCUAGCGAGGUAUCAACCUGAAACCAAAGAAGAUAAAAGGUCCUUCAUUUCAGAGUUUAUGAACAGGAGUGCAACACCUGAAAAAGAAACUGAGCCAUCAAAGAAGUCCGCACCUGAAUCAGAAACACUUCGAGUGCAGUGGGAGCUUCAAAAAAGCCUUCACGAGCAACUUGAGUUUCAAAGGGAGCUGCAGCAACGAGCGGAAGAAAAUGCACGGCAGCUACAAAAGUUGUUGGAGGAACAAAAGAAAGUGGGAGAAGCAUUCAUGCUUGCAAGCCAAUCCUUUUCUUCAACAAAUGCGGCCGGUCCCUCAUCUACUCGUUUAGAUUUGGCUCAGGUUCAGUUGAAUGAUAGAAGCAAUGACGCGUCACUGAGAAAUGUUCUGCAUGAGGGCAAUGAGGAUAUCUUGCAGCUUGGAGUCAGAGUGUCACCAGAUUCACCACCUUCUCCAAAGAAAUCAAGGGUCGAACUAGGAACAUCAGUGUUUAGGUAUUGAUUAUGUCAGAUACAACAUCCAGUAGCCACAAUGUCAGACUUAAAUCUCUUUUCAUUUAUUCAUUUACUUUACGUUUCUGAAAUUGAUAUUCUUA